AUGGAGUCCAGUCUUGGGUCAGACACCACGUUUUUUGCGGGUCCCUCUCCGAAGCACAUUCUUCAAGGACGGAUCCACACUCGCCCUCCGAUUCACGAAGGGAAAAGAAAAGAAAAAGGUAUCGCGAAAGCUGGUAGAAACACAACAAUGAGAGUAUUUCCGUCGUGGCGACAAACAUGUGGGCCACGCAUUUCUGUGAGCCAAGCGAUCACAUUCAUGUGGACGGCUCGGUUGAGAGAAGUCCACAUGGGCCGUACGGAACUAUCCGUUUUAGCUAUUCCGUAUUAUUCAAUGUCAUUCCUUUUGAUUUUUACGGGCCUAUCAAAUAAGCUCGUCUUCCUGACUCUGGGCGUCGUGGAACCUGAAACGGCUCUCGGUCAAACGGGCGAGUUUUGCAACCACACGCCGGUCCGGCAGGGGGAUGUAUGGGCAGGGGAUCUGCCCAGCAAACAUGCUACCAAACAGGGAUAUAAUGAAAAGGCGGAGUGCAUGUCCUCCAUAGAUUUAGCCAUGGUGGACUGGGACUCCGCGGAUGGUCACUGGUCGAUUGAGGAUUUCUUUUGCGUCGCGCCCACUGUGACAGACGAUCACAGACAGAAAGUUGCCGCUGUCCGACAGCCAUCAGAAAAGACAACAAGCAGAAAACUCUAG